GCGGUGGAGCGCAGCUCGGCAGUGGUUACUUCAGACACACAAAGGAGGAGUUCUCGCUCCUCAGGAAACCCUGCAAACUCGGAUCGCUACUACAAAAACAUUUGUCUCAGUGGAUUAUCCUCACUGUCAGGAGCCCAGCCAGAAUGAAACUAGUUCACGUCGCCUUGCUCUAUCUCGGUUCUGUGACCUUCUUCGGGGUGGAUGCUGCAAGGGUGGACGUAGCGACAGAGUUCAAAAGAAAAUGGACGAAAUGGGCACUGAGCCGAGCCAAGCGGGACGUGAAGCCUGCGGGCGUGCUCCGAGGGCUGGGGGCAGCCGCCGACGUGCUGCCUCUCGUGCGGACCCAGGACGUGAAGGAGGAUCCCCGAGUCUCGCAUCCCAGCAGCCGGGAGGAUGCUCAUAUCCGCGUCAAGCGCUACCGCCAGAGCAUUAACAGAUUCCCCCACUUCCAAGCCAUCCGCAUGGGGUGCCGCUUCGGGACGUGCACGGUGCAGAGGCUGGUCGACGAGAUCCACAGGACGACCGGCAAUAAGGAUAAGGACGACACCGCCCCCCCCAACAAGAUCAGCCCUCAGGGCUACGGUCGGCGGCGGCGGUCCCUGCCCGAGCGCCGCUCCCCCCGCGCCGGGCGGCGCCCACGGACGCACCGGGCGCAGCCCCUCGACCUCGUCCUGGAGGUGUGAGCGCCGCACGCCCCGGCCGAGGCCGCCCCGACGGAUGGACUGAGGCGCGGACUGAGAUCCGGCAGGACCCGCGGAGAGCGCCCGCCCGGGCGGGACCCGGAGCACCCUCCGCGGGGCAGCUGUGAAGGGCCGGGCCCGCCGGGGCUGCGCCCCCCGCACGCCGCCCGCUCCCACCCUCCCCGGGCGAGGCCCCCCGGCUCCCGCACCCGCCGCCCAGGGCUGGAAGGCGCCGCCGAGCCGCCCCCGCCCGCCGCUGCAGCCGCGGGGCCGGGCGGUCCCUCCCGAGCGCUGCCCCGAGGAGGGGAUGCUCAGGGGAGCCCCGCCGCCGGAGGGACCCGCUGGCGGGCCACUGGCCCCGGCCUCGCCCUCUGCCUUCGCGAGUUGGAGGGUGCCCGUCAGCCCUGGGCAAGGACAGGCCGCCCACAUCUGCUCUACCCUCUGCGUUAUCUGCACCCGGCAGGGAAUCGGACACUCACUAGUCCCUGCGGGGACUGCGAUAUACUUGAACGUCACAGAGAGGAAAAGUGCAAUUGUACGUGGUUUUUGUUAAUUAUAAGUGCGGUGUGUGUGGAUCACGAGAUAUGUAUCGGUAUUUAAGGUUGUUCUGUGUCAUGUCAUGUUUGUACCUUUUUUUUGAAAAAUAUAUUUUAUUUUUAUACGUUUUAUAUAUAUAUAUAUUGCAUAAGGGCAUUUUAAAACAUUGUAUCGCCUCUAUUUUUCAUAUCGUGAAUGUCAAACGUUAAACUCUUUUUCCAUACCUUUUUUUUUUAUCUUGCAUUCCAGACUGGUGAAAGAUGUAGAGAAUGUAUCAGCUGUUCUCCAUGGGUAAUAUGUGAAAUAAAAUAAACACAAUUACAUAAAA